CGAACGGCCGCUACUCGAACGACAUUCGCAACUCAUACCAGAAUACUGUAACAAAUAGGCGCCAAAAAAUUUUGCAACUUAGUUUACACUCUUUUUUACGUUUAUAUUGAUAUUAUUAGUUAAAUAAGUGAUCAAUUAGUUAUACAUAUUGCUAGAAAAGCUUACUAAUUCAUUAAAUAUAUAAGCAUCGCUGAUUGACAUUGAUAAAAAACUUUAAAUCUAGUUAAUAAAGUGUUUGAUACUAAGAUAACCUCAAUAAUGCCUCCCAAAGAGAAUAAAAAGGUACGAAAAGGUGCUCGUGGCUAUAAAUUACCGGAUCCAAUCCCAAAAGGAGAAAUUUUAACAGAUUUAACCAAACAAUCUUGGAUUCUUGGUGAUCCGAUUGGUGUCGGUGGUUUUGGCGCUUUAUAUACAGCAGUCGCAUCUUCAAAACAAUCAAACGAUUAUGAUCACGUUAUUAAAAUAGAACCACACCAAAAUGGACCAUUAUUUGUUGAAAUGCAUUUCUACAUGCGAAAUGCAUCAUCUGAUGAAAUCGAAAAAUGGAAAAAUAAAAAGAAGCUAAGCCAUUUAGGUGUACCAAAAUUCAUUAGUAAUGGAAGUCAUGAACGUUUAGGAGUGAAAUAUCGUUUUUUAGUUAUGGAAAGAUUCGGCAAAGAUUUAUGGAAAUUAUUCUUAGAAAAUGGACGCCAGUUUCCUGAAGUUACAGUCUACAGAGUAGCAAUCCAAAUAAUUGAUGCAUUAGAGUAUAUUCAUUCAAAAAGUUACACUCAUGGGGAUAUUAAAGGAGCUAACUUGUUAUUAGAUAAAAACAAUUCAAAAAACGUCUUCCUAGUGGAUUACGGACUAGCAGCAAAAGUAUCUCAAACCAAGGAAUAUAAACCAGAUCCUAAAAGAGCUCACAAUGGAACCAUAGAGUAUACAAGUCGUGAUGCUCACAUUGGAAUACCAACAAAACGUGGAGACGUUGAAAUACUAGGCUAUAAUCUUGUCCAAUGGCUUUCUGGUGAACUUCCUUGGGAAAAAGAGCUAAAAGAUCCUAAAUCCGUCCACAAUGCCAAACUCAAAGCUUUAAGUGAUGUUGAUGUAUUUCUUAAGGACUGUUUUAUUAAAGUUCCAAGUGCUAUCCGUCAAUAUAUGCAUUUACUUAAUGAAAUGGAAUUUAAUGAUACACCAAAUUAUGCUGAAAUGAGAUCUAUUUUUGAGAAAGCUCUUCAACGACGUCGCCAACAAGUUUAUGGGGAAUUGGUAUUCCCAUCAACAGGGGCUUCUGCGUCAAGCACUGCCACACCAGAGUCUAAAGCUAAGAAGAAAAAGGUUGAACCUGGUAGGGUUUUAAGAAGAAGACCAGCUGCUUGUGAGAAAAUAGAUUUAUCUCCAUCAGAUGAUAGUGAAAAAAUUACCAAUGGAAUUGUUAUCGAUGAAAAGAGAAUUAAAUUAAAAAAUCUUAAGGAAAUAGUUGACAAUAUAGAUGAUGACUCUGAAACAGAAUAUGAUAUUAAAGUGUUAAAAAAGAAGACCCGUCAGAAUUAAAAAUUUCAACAUGAUGAAGUUCAGUAUUUGUUAAAAGUGUUUUGCAGAAUUCAAUAUAUAAUCAAUAAGUACCUGUUGAUAAUUCACGAUAAAUUUUAUUUUUGUAUAUUUAAAUAUAUUGAAUUCUACUCAAUUCAUGUAUUCAUAACAUUGCCGAUUUUUUUGUAAUUAAUAUGAACAAUGAAAUUAA